AUGGCCGACCACCCCUUCACCAGCGGCCUGGAUGACGACGACGUCAGCCCCCUCCUGCCGUCGCAGCUGCUUAUCGUGCCCAAGAAAAAGCACGGGCAUGGACACGGCGGCAAGAAGAAGGGGCACAAACACGGCUCCAAAUCGGAAUCGAGCUGUUGCGAUAUGAAGCUCCUCUCGUUCGUUGUCAUCGGCGGCAUGACUCUCAUCUACGUGGUAGGCGAGCUGGGCGUUGCCAUUUGGCUGGGCUCCCUGACUCUGCUCUCCGACGGGGCCGUGCAAGCCUCCAAGAGGGAGUCGAGCGACCAGAUGUCCUACGGUUGGGUGCGUUCAGAGAUUCUGGGAGGGCUCACCAACGGGUGCUUCCUGCUGUCCCUCUGCCUCUACGUCGCCCUCGAGUCCAUCCCCCGAUUCAUCGAUCCGCCGGAAUUCGACUCUGGCUGGCCGUUCAUCAUCGUGGCCGCCUGCGGUCUGGGCAUCAACACCUUCGGCACCAUCGUCUUCGCCUUCACUGGUCUGUCGCACGGUCACUCGCACUCGCACGGCGGCGGACAUGGCCACGCGCACGGCGGCGGCGACAAGAAGAAGGAGAAGCACGGCCACUCCCACGGCCACGGCGACAAGAAGAAGAAGGAGAAGCACGGCCACUCCCACGGCCACGGCGACAAGAAGAAGGAGAAGCACGGUCAUUCCCACGGCCAUGGUGACAAGAAGAAGAAGGACAAGCACGGCCACGCCCACGCCGAGAAGAAGAGGGAGCUCAAGUUCGACCUCAACAUGUGGGGCGUGUUCAUCCACUACGCCGGCGACAUGCUCUCGUCGGCGGUGGUGCUCGUCAUGGGCUUCAUCAUCCACUACGUCGACGGCAGGUGGGUCCUCUACAUCGAUCCGGCCUCGUCGCUCCUCAUCGUGGCCCUCAUCCUCUGGACCACGUACCCGCUCGUCAGGGACUGCUCCAUGAUCCUCCUGCAGAGCACCCCUGGUGAGGUGGCGCUCGGCACCCUCAGGGAGGAUCUCCUCACGCUGCCCGGCAUCGAGUCGGUCCACGACCUCCACGUGUGGCAGCUGACCGAGGGCACGGUCGUGUGCUCCGUGCACGUCGCCAUCGAAGAGGGCACCGUGUGGAAGGGCCUCGUCAAGAAGGUGAAGAAGGUCAUGCACAACCACGGCAUCCAUUCUUCCACCGUGCAGCCCGAGUUCGUGCCCAGGAACCACCCCGUCAAGGCCUUCUGCGAGGAGAACUGCAAGCCCGGCUGCGAGGAGAACUGGUGCUGCAAGAAGACCGCGGACAAGCACAAGAAGAACGGCCAUGACGACCACGAUGACCACGACGACCAUGGCCACGGGCACGGGCACGGGCACGGGCAUGGCCACGGACACCACGAGGACGACGAAGAGAGCCACUACCACCCCGUCGUCGACCCGGCCUCCCGAGAGCCCACGACAGCCCUCAACGAAUCCGGGAAGCCCUUCCACAAAUUUCCCACAGAGCACAAGGCGGUGAUCCACGAUGUGAGCUACGAUUUCUACGGGAAGCGGCUGGCGACGUGCUCUUCGGACCAAAAGGUAAAGGUGUGGGAUCUCGAUGAAGAAUCGCACUGGAAAAAGACGGCCGAAUGGAAGGCCCACAAGGGCUCCGUCUGGAAGGUCGAGUGGGCUCAUCCCGAAUUCGGCCAAGUGAUUGCUUCGUGCUCUGUCGAUCGUUCCAUCUGCAUCUGGGAAGAGGGCGAGGAGGAAGGCACGUAG